CCCUUUGCGACACGGCGUGUACAAUUGUACACGCGAUUUUCACGAGCUUUUUUGCGAGCUUCUAUCGUCGUCAUCAACACUUGGGCCAUUGGAGCCGCAUUCGAAUUUACCGCUCUACCGGACGGUGCUGCCAUCUCGUGAUUGCCGCGCCAAAUGCAUUACCAAAACAAGAAAACAAGAUGGACGCCUCGACGUUCUACGGCGCGUCAAGCAUCCAGACUCAUGCGAGAACAAGACGCAAGACUCCGAACUCGUCAGUAGACCAGCUUUUUGACGCCAUCAUGAAUGGAGAUGUGUCAGACGCCGAUCUUUCUGACGAUGAAGUCGCCGAUGUACAGGCAGCUCAAGCGGUAACUGCAUCGAAUGAGGAGCAUGACCCUAAAAUGCAUCCUGCAGACGACGAGGGUGAUCUCAGUGACAGUGAUGAGAUGCCUGCGAAAAAAGUGAAGCAUGUCAAGUGGCUCUCCAAACCUUUCGAUCCAGUGGACACGCGCUGCACCUACCACCCGCUUGGCGGAUCAACGCCAGAAGAACCGCUAAAGUAUUUCAUGAAGUAUUUCACCGAUGAAGUGUUCGAGGACUUCACGAAGUACACAAAUAUUUAUGCCUUGCAGAACACAGGAAACGAACUUUCGUGCUCCGUGCAAGAGAUGAAAGUGUUUUUUGGAAUUCUCAUUUACAUGGGUGUCCUGAAAUUCCCACGUGUCCGCAUGUAUUGGCAAAGCGGUACCCGAAUUUCUGCAAUUGCAGAUGCAAUGGCGGUAAACAGAUUUUUUAAAUUGCGAAGCGCAUUGCACAUAACUGACCAGAAUGAGCCAAGGGAUGCAUCCAGUGUGGACAAGUUCUGGAAGGUGAGGCCGCUCCUCGAUGUCAUUAGGUCCCGGUGCCUUCAGCUUGAAGAGCUUGAACAUAACUGCAUUGAUGAGCAGAUGGUGGCAUUUACAGGAAGGGUCCCAGCAAAACAGGUGGUGAAAAGUAAGCCAAACCCUGUUGGUGUGAAGAUCUUUGUGCGAUGCAGCACCGAUGGUCUGGCGCAUGAUUUUGAACUCUAUCAGGGCAAAGGCACAGGAGUAGACCGGGAGUUCUCCUACCUUGGUCUAGGGGGCUGUGUGGUAAUGAGACUUGUGGAGUCAUUCCCACAGCACCGCAACCUGAAAUUGUUCUUUGACAAUUACUUCACGUCCGUGCUGCUUCUGAGGGAGCUAAAAGGUAUUGGAAUCCUUGCCACGGGUACGAUCAGGUGCAACAGGCUGCUGGGUUGUAAGCUGAAGGGCGAAAAAGAAAUGCGAAAGGAGGAGCGUGGGAGCACCGAUGUCAAGGUGACAGAGGAAGGAGACGUUGCCCUUGUGCGAUGGAAGGACAACAAUCUGGUCACGGUGGCCUCAACACAGGUUUCCACUGGUGAAGCUAGGGCUGUGAGCAGGUGGAGCUCCUCGAAAAAGGAGCGCAUCGAGCUGUCAGCAAGCCGGGACAUGGCUAGCGAACAGGACGCCGAAGCUUCGUCUCAGUCUGCAGAGGAGCCCUGUUCGCUGCUGCAGGACUCCCGUGGACGAGUGCCGCGUGAAGAGCUGGUCGCAGCGGCGACUUGGGCCAUACAGAAUAGCCUGAGGAAAGUGAAGCAGCAGCUGGCCCUUGUCACGGUGAAUCAGGUGCUCACCUUUGACGAAAUGCACAGGAGGACCUCCGACCUGAUGAGGCUUGUCGAAGAGGCGGCGCGAGGCGAGGGCGUCGACCGUUGA